AUGGUUGAUGUCACCGUUCCUCCCGAGAUACCACUGAAGAUACUCAAUGUCUUCACUGACCAAGAUGGUGACAUUCGAGUUAAGGAGGACAACUUGCGAGAAGUGCUUAGUCGCUUUCGCAACUACAGCCGUGACAUCACAGUUCAGGUGCUGAGUACGCUGCGUGGCGAGCUGGCGGACCAGGUGGGUGCUGUCAAGGACAAUGCAGAGCUGGCUCGGGCGCAGCUGGCCGAGGACUUGACCAGCGACCUUGCCAGCAAAGACGUUCUGGCCGAGGUUGAGGAGCUGGCACGCGGUGCCCAUGCCAAAGCAGACAUGCUCGGCGUGCAGCUCAAAUCCUUGGACGGCAGGCUCAGGCAAAUGGCUGCUGUCUCGCAGGCGAACUCUGCGUCUGCAUCCGCGGAUGACCUGGCAAUGACAGCUCCGGCCGUCAUGAGCUCGGCGUCGUUGCAAGUGGAGCCGACGCCCAGCGAAACUUUUCGUGCGAUGCCAACUCGUGGUUCGACCUUCUCGCCCAAGUCCGAUUCCGAUUCCGUAACCCGGUCCUUCACAUCUCGCUCCAAUGCGCAAGCGCAGCAAGUGGAGCCAGCGCCAUCCACCAGAGAUGUUGAACAUAUGCUGUCUUCUCAGGAGGCUCUCUGGAAAGAGGCUGUGGCCAAAGUGAAGGAGGAGGUUGCAGACCUUGCCGCCAAGCAGGAGGAGCUGGAGAAAUCCUUGCAAGCCUCGGCCAGUAGCUCUGAUCUGGAGGCCUCUGUGCAGGCUUUACGUGAAGCCCAGACAGCUGCGGAGCAGCAAAUGCGGCUGGAUGUCAAACAGGACUUGCUGGAGCUCCGGCAGCUUGCCAAACAGGCCAGCGAGGAUGACUCGGCUGCCAUGACCAGCAACAGCCAAAGAUAUGAGCCGCAAAGUCACUGGGCUGCGGAACGGUGGGAAGAUGUGUGA